AGUUGGCUUUUGAUAUAACACAGAUGCACCAAGUACUCACUUCCAGUCUGAUGUGACGACCACUCAUCCCGGAAAUAAAUUAAUCACCAACAUCAUUAUAAUUAUUCCAAGUCCGUUGGAGUACGGUCCACACUAUGGCUUUACUACGUAUGGUUGGAUUUGGUAUCCUUGUUCUAGGGACGGAUGCUCAGUCCUGGAGCUGUGUCACCGCUGAACAGUGUGCGUUGUCGUUGGAACGAGAUUUUAACGAGGCUAUCGCAAACAAAAAUGAUUCCCAUGUCAUCGACUUUUGUUUGAAGAAAACAAAAGAGUUCCGAACUGUAUGUUUAAUUGAUGCCGUCAUUAAGUGUGAAUGGGGUGGGAACGAAGCUGAAUAUUAUAGACUACAAGACAUUCAAAAAAGUUUCCAGCGAAAAUGCUCUGAACUUUGUCCAGUGAUGCAGGAAAUUAAAGCGUGUUCAGGUCUAGUGAAGUAUAACCUAUACAUAACGAAGAAAUUUCAAGAUUUCUGCAAUUCUUACAAAGAAAGUGUCAGAUGUAAAGACAAUGCCUUGAUGGUAGACAGCAAUUGCACUUUUGGCGAAAAACUGUAUGUGCAAGAUUUUGAGGCAGACACUUUACGUGUGUUCAAGUACAUUUGUGACUCUGGAUGUGAAGACAUUGACAGAACCUGGGCUGUGUUGGAGCGAUGCACAUUAACUUACAAUCUGAAUAAUGCCGAUUCUGGAUGCAAGACAUACCAGGACCUUGAAAUGUGUUUAUCGGUCAGUAAAAGCUGCCCUCAGAUCCACAUGAUGGCUCCUUAUUUCGCCAGGAAUUAUACAGAAUACAUGAUGAGAUGUCCUCUACCCAUGCCAGUCAAACCAGUAACGUUGGCCCCAACAGUAUCAAUCGAGCAGAAAACGACAGAACAAGAGAAAGAAACGAUAAUGGACUCAGAAACCGUGAAGAACUUAACCCCAAAUCAAUACCUGCCAAUGGAGACGACUGAUUUACUGCGAAAAGAUAAUGUCCAGCCAUCCAGCUCAACUGAAAGCAGCACAGUAUCUGGAGUGAGCGAAUGUCUCGAAACUUUACAGUCCCCAUCGGACAAUACAGACGGCAAUUUCUGUGAAAGUGUACGUUGUCUAAGAAAUAAAGGAUUGGACCAAAAGGAUGUGUCGUCACUAAAUGUUCAGAAAAGUUUGGAACAGCAAUUAAUGGAAAAGUGGGAUUUCUGUGAGAUAGAAGAUGAAAGUGAAAUUGAAGCAUUUACAAAACAUACGCCAUUGUCUGUUACUGCAGAAAACAGAAGACAACUUAUGUCAUCAACAGAUUUACCGAAAUAUAUGAACGAUAGCAAGGCACCCAUGACCUUGCAAGACAAUGGCAGCACGAAAACUAUGAUUUUGUCAUCAAAUUCUAUAUCCACGACCAAAACAACUAAAAUUUCAGAAAAGAUCAAUAAAAUGAUAGAAAACACUACGGAUAUAGACACGAAACUGAAGUCAAGCCCCCCAUUAACUGUCAGUCCAUUUUUAUCUGGAUUAAGGGGCACUGAGAGGGUUUUUCCUGAACUAUCCGAUGAACAACAUGCAUCGACACUCCAAUAUGACUCUGAGAUCAAUUCUUCUACAUCUGGUCGUAUUACUAACAGAAAUACAAAUAAUCAUAUCCCUAACGUAACCUCAUUACGGCAUCUUGAUAGAUCUUCAAUUUCGUUUCUGAAAUAUAAGUCUGCAACUCCUUUAAUAGAAAUAAAAACCCAGCGAAUAUCCACCUCUUCUGGAAAAGACAAAUUGGUGCUUAGCCAAGGUCUAAAUAAUGGUGCUUCCAUGAAAGAUGUUGCAGACAUUGUUUUAUUAAUAACAACACUAAUCGGUUCUAGAAUUACUGCAUAGGUGCAUAAGCCUUGUAGCCAAAGACUAUUUUCUGUGAUAUUGUGUGAGAGUUCAUCUUACAGUGUUUAAUUGUUUUGUAACGAAAUUGAUUUUGAAAAUAUUCAACUUAUUUAGAUGAUUUAUUUUAAUGACCAGUAAUUUGUGACAAAAGAGGUAUGGUCUUUUUUUAGCAAAUUAUUUGUUUGCUAAUGAUUU